GUAAGAGCAUCAAAGCAAAAAGAUCUUCGGGUUCAAGAGCCAUCAGAACUGCCUUUCAUUAUUUCUUAAAGUAAAGCAGACUAGGAAAAAGACCAUAUCCUUCACAGCACUUUUUCCAGACCAGUGCAGUUUGACAGGGGUUGACCAGGACUCCAGAGCUGCUCAGCUGCAGUCACCGCUAUCCUUUCCCAUGCUGGAGAGUGCAGAGCUACACUUCAACGUGGACCAUGGCUACCUGGAGGGCCUGGUGCGAGGCUGCAAGGCCGGCCUCCUGACCCAGCAGGACUACGUCAACCUGGUCCAGUGCGAGACCCUGGAUGAUCUGAAAAUUCAUCUCCAGACCACUGAUUAUGGGAACUUUUUGGCGAAUGAGACAAAUCCUCUUACUGUUUCCAAAAUUGACACAGAGAUGAGGAAAAAACUCUGCAGGGAAUUUGACUAUUUCCGGAAUCAUUCGCUGGAGCCCCUCAGCACCUUUCUUACCUACAUGACGUGCAGUUACAUGAUAGACAAUGUGAUUCUACUGAUGAAUGGUGCAUUGCAAAAAAAAUCUGUGAAAGAAAUUCUGGCAAAGUGCCAUCCAUUGGGCAGUUUCACAGAAAUGGAAGCAGUCAACAUUGCAGAGACCACUUCAGAUCUCUUCAACGCAGUUCUGGUUGAAACCCCAUUAGCUCCAUUCUUUCAAGACUGUAUGUCUGAAAACACUCUAGACGAACUGAAUGUUGAAUUACUGCGCAAUAAACUAUAUAAGUCUUACCUUGAGUCAUUCUAUAAAUUCUGUAAGAAUCAUGGUGAUAUCACAGCAGAAGUUAUGUGUCCCAUUCUUGAGUUUGAGGCUGACAGGCGAGCCUUCAUUAUCACUCUUAACUCCUUUGGGACUGAACUGAGCAAAGAGCAGCGGGAGACCCUCUACCCGACCUGCGGCAGGCUCUAUCCUGAUGGCUUGCGCCUGUUGGCCCAAGCUGAAGACUUUGAUCAGCUGAAGACAGUAGCAGAUCAUUACGGAGCGUACAAACCUGUAUUUGAGGCUGUAGGUGGCAGUGGGGGAAAGACACUGGAAGAUGUGUUUUAUGAGCACGAGGUACAAAUGAAUGUCCUGGCAUUCAACAGGCAAUUCCACUAUGGUGUGUUUUAUGCAUAUGUAAAGCUGAAGGAACAAGAAAUGAGAAAUAUUGUGUGGAUAGCAGAAUGCAUCUCCCAGAGACAUCGAACAAAAAUCAACAGUUACAUUCCAAUUUUUUAAGCUGACAUAGAGGCCCCAAAUGCAGAAAAAUCAUAAAUGCUAAAAGAGAGUUAUUAAGGUUAGCUAAAUGUAAGCUUGGUUGGACAUUUGUGAAUUGCUGAUCCCCCGGAAACACAGUAAACCAACCCUGAAAUGAAUCAUUUCUUUUUUCUUUUCAGCAGGUUUAACACUUGCUUCCACAUUUAUGUCUCAUUACUCACCAGGCUUUACAAAUUAAUUUUAAUUAACCAAGCAGUACUUUUCAUUUGAUCAUGUUAAAAAUCAGAUCUAAUAAAAGUGUUCUAUUCUUGGUUUUCCAGGCUUCCCUA